ACCUGCAUAAGAACAGGCAUACAAGGCAGCUUGAAUCCAUUGGCCAUGACCUGGGGCCAGCCCUGGAUGGAUAUGCCAGGGAAGGCUGACGGCAAGGCAGUUAGAAUCGCUAUAGACGAGAUUGGCAUUGUUACCAGCUUGUGUACAAAGUUCCAAGAGUCUGGUAUCCAAUGUCCUGUCUUGACAAUGUUUGAAACGCGCCCAACCAAGAUUCGGCACGGUUUCAGCCUCUGGAGGUCAGAGAAACGCCUCCUUAUCCCAUGCGAAUUUGCCGAAACUGGCGUUAGGGGCGAGGAGUUAAUAUCUCUCAAUUUGGACAUGCGAGAUAUCAAGUCCAUCGGCGCGUCCACGCAACACGCACAGGACUUUCGGGCAAAAGUCAAAUCGCUGCUCUCGGACCUGAGGAAUUUGAGCGAGGCUCGAGCAGCCGAGAAUCCCAUCGAUAUCUCCGUCGGCAACCAGAACUUGUUUGCCAGCACGGCAACCCAAACGGCGCCAAGCCAGCCAGGGGACUUAACCGCCUACCACAAACAGCCUUGCCGGAUUGUUGCUCCCCCUCGGCAAUGCCCAGGCGUCUCAGGGAAAGUGGGAUGCUGCAGCGCUGUCCCACCAACAAGCACUAGACAUGUGCUACCUAAUUACCGGCGAUAACUACAAGACCGCCCAAGCCAGGCUCAAGCACGCAGAACAUCUAGGUCGGAAGGGACUGAUCCAAGAGGCCAUACAUCACUGGACACUUGUCAUUGAAGCCUUUGCCAGGAACAAGUACUUCAAGUCUGAGUUGGCUCGAGCUCAGAUCAAAGCUGGUCGCUAUCACCUGUCUAUUGGCAGCGUGGAGGCUGGACAAUUUCUUACAGUUUGUACAGUUAGUCUCUUAUCUAGAUCAAGAAGCUCUAGGGUAGAUUUUCUAAUGAAUUCAGCAAAGACUUUG